AUGGAUGAUCUCAAAUUAUUCGCCUCCAGUCGCUCUCAUCUUAUGGACUUGCUAAACAUCACUUGUGAUUUUAGCAAUUCUAUUAGAAUGGAGCUGGGGACGGAUAAGUGUGCGGUCCUCCAUGUUGAAAGGGGAAGGGUUGCUAACUCUGAGGGCAUAGACUUAUCUAUGCCCAUCAGCGUAAGGACCCUUUCCGAGGCUGAAACAUACCGAUACCUGGGUAUGUCACAGAACAUCGGUGUAGAUGAGGCGGGUAUGAAACUAUCAGUUUGCGAUGUGUUUUAUGCACGCUUGACCAAAGUGCUUAACAGCCUUUUGUCCGGUGUGAAUAAGACGCACGCAUAUAACGGUUGGAUCAUGCUUGUUCUCAUGUAUACCUUUGGCAUGCUCAGGGGGACCGAACUGAAUGCUCUGGACAGAAAAGUCCGCACUAUAAUGACAUCCCACAGGAUGCAUCAUACGAGAUCAUACGUGAGAAGGGCCCGUCAUGUUUUAUUUAUUCGCGGCGGAGCUGUAAUAGAGUCGUGCUGUGAGAACGGACGAUGCGCAAAAAGCGUCUCCGAGCUUACGUCGUUAGACACGUUUUCCAUCAAAAUACUUUCGUCUCUGCUGCAAGAGGAUAUUAAAAAUCCAUCCAUCACAGUAGAAGCAAAAAAUAAGAAUUCAGAUUCACACUCGAACACCGCGACUGAAAUCUGGAGAGACGAGGUGGUAUUCCAACCUCCCCGCCCGGUCCGUCAGGGUGGGAAGCUUCGCCUCCCUUUUGACAGGAAAUGA